AAUCCAAACAGUUUUACCCACACCUCGGACGAGUAUGGAAACGCAAAACCUGUGGCUGAACAUUUUGGGCCUAUGCCUGCUGGCCGGUUGGUCAUCUGCGGCCUAUUUGCCUUUACCUCGCUUGGAUGGUCGCAUUGUGGGCGGUCAUGAGGUGGACAUCCAGGAUGUACCCUUCCAGGUCUCAUUGCAGGGAAGUUUCCAUUUCUGUGGAGGGUCCUUGAUUGCCAAACGUUUUGUCCUCACUGCCGCCCAUUGCACGGCUGGCCACUCUGCCGUGAAUCCUGGAUUUAAAGUACGCCUUGGCUCUUCAUAUUCCGCCAAGGAUGGCAUCCUGCUGAAACCUUUGAGAAUACAUCAGCACAAGAAAUACAAUCCCAUGAACAUCGAUUAUGAUUUCUCCAUAUUGGAAUUGGAGGAUUAUGAGCUGUUCUCUUUGCCCUUUGAAGUGGAAUUUGCCAAGCUGCCCAGCCGUGAUGCGGAGUUGCCAGAUGGUACCUUGGUCACGGUAUCCGGUUGGGGUAAUACCCAAAAUUCCUCGGAAUCGAAUCAUGUGUUGAGAGCCACAAAUGUACCCACCGUCAAUCAGGAUGAAUGUGCCUUGGCCUAUCGUGGAUUUGGUGAUAUUACCGAACGUAUGCUGUGUGCUGGCUUCACUGAGGGCGGCAAAGAUGCCUGCCAGGGUGAUUCGGGUGGUCCUUUGUUCCAUAAGGACACUUUGGUUGGUGUUGUCUCCUGGGGUUAUGGCUGUGCUCGUCCCAAUUAUCCAGGUGUUUAUUCGCGGGUGACUUCUGUGUUGCCAUGGAUUGCUGAGAAAACUGGUUUGGAGGUGUAAAUGAAGGAGGAAUGGAAUUCGGAAUGUUAUGGAAUUUGAAUAAAAUGAUAUGAUUGAGAACAUUUAAAGAAAA